CCAGCAACCAACAUGGCCGGCGCUGCUCAGAACGGAGUCAAUGGGGAUGCUAAUGGCGCCCCGAGCUCCUACGCCGCCCAGUUCGAUCUUGCUCCGCACUUCAUUGGCGGUAACAACCUCAGCGUAGCCUCGCCCGGCAAGGUCAAGGACUUUGUCACGGCGCACGAUGGUCACACAGUCAUUACCAAUGUUCUCAUUGCGAACAACGGUAUCGCCGCAGUCAAAGAGAUCCGCUCGGUGCGGAAAUGGGCAUACGAGACGUUUGGCGAUGAACGGGCAAUCCAAUUCACCGUCAUGGCUACACCUGAGGAUCUGCAGGCCAACGCAGAGUACAUCCGCAUGGCAGACCAAUACGUCGAGGUACCCGGCGGAACUAACAACAACAACUACGCCAACGUCGAGCUCAUUGUCGAUGUAGCGGAGCGGAUGAACGUCCACGCCGUGUGGGCCGGAUGGGGACACGCCUCGGAGAACCCCAAGCUGCCCGAAUCGCUCGCCGCCUCGCCCAAGAAGAUUGUCUUCAUUGGCCCCCCCGGAUCUGCCAUGCGCUCGCUUGGUGACAAGAUCUCGUCCACAAUCGUCGCACAACACGCAGGAGUGCCAUGUAUUCCGUGGUCGGGAACGGGCGUCGACGAGGUCCAGGUGGACAGCCAGGGCAUCGUCACAGUCGAAGACUCGGUCUACGAAAAGGGCUGCACCAAGACAUGGCAGGAGGGCCUCGAAAAGGCCAAGGCCAUUGGCUUCCCCGUCAUGGUCAAGGCCUCGGAAGGUGGUGGUGGCAAGGGUAUCCGAAAGGUCGAGCGCGAGGAAGACUUUGAGCUGCUGUACAAGGCGGCUGCCUCUGAGAUUCCCGGAUCGCCCAUCUUCAUCAUGAAGCUGGCGGGCAGCGCGCGCCACUUGGAAGUCCAGCUGCUGGCUGACCAAUAUGGCAACAACAUCUCGCUGUUCGGACGUGACUGUUCGGUGCAGCGACGACACCAGAAGAUCAUUGAGGAGGCACCGGUAACAGUUGCUGGCUCAAAGACCUUCCAGGAGAUGGAAAAGGCCGCCGUUUCGCUCGGAAGGCUCGUCGGAUACGUCUCUGCGGGUACGGUCGAGUACCUCUACUCGCACGCCGACGACAAGUUCUACUUCCUUGAGCUGAACCCUCGUCUCCAAGUCGAGCACCCAACCACUGAAAUGGUCACGGGCGUGAACCUCCCAGCCGCCCAGCUCCAGAUUGCCAUGGGUCUCCCCCUGCACCGCAUCCGCGACAUUCGUCUGCUCUACGGCGCUGACCCCCACACCAGCUCCGUCAUUGACUUUGACUUCUCCACCGAGGGCAGCGCAAAGAGCCAGCGACGACCCACUCCCAAGGGCCACUGCACGGCUUGCCGUAUCACCUCCGAGGAUCCCGAUGAGGGCUUCAAGCCAUCCGGUGGUACCAUCCACGACCUCAACUUCAGGAGUAGCUCCAACGUCUGGGGUUACUUCUCCGUCAGCUCGGCUGGUGGUAUCCACAGCUUCUCCGACUCGCAGUUUGGUCACAUCUUCGCUUACGGCGAGAACCGACAGGCAUCGCGAAAGCACAUGGUUGUCGCGCUCAAGGAAUUGAGCAUUCGCGGUGACUUCCGCACAACGGUUGAGUACCUCAUCAAGCUACUUGAGACGCCUGCUUUUGAGGAAAACACCAUCACAACUGGCUGGCUCGACGAGCUCAUCUCCAAGAGGCUGACUGCCGAGCGACCCGACACCAUGAUUGCCAUCAUUUGCGGUGCUGUCACAAAGGCCCAUGCUGCGAGCGAGGCAUGCAUCAGCGAGUACACCAACAGUCUGCAAAAGGGUCAGGUGCCGUCAAAGGAUGUGCUCAAGACUGUCUUCCCUAUCGACUUCAUCUACGAAGGCCACCGAUACAAGUUCACCGCUACCAAGUCGACCAUCGACAGCUUCACUCUGUUCAUCAACGGAACAAAGUGCUCAGUCGGUGUUAGGGCGCUCGCCGACGGCGGUCUUUUGAUUCUACUCAGCGGAAAGUCGCACAGCGUCUACUGGAAGGAAGAGGUUGGCGCUACUCGUCUCUCCGUCGAUGGCAAGACGUGCCUUCUCGAGCAGGAGAACGACCCCACUCAACUGCGAACCCCGUCGCCCGGUAAGCUGGUUAGGUUCCUUGUUGAGAACGGCGAGCACGUUGACAAGGGCCAACCCUUUGCUGAGGUUGAGGUCAUGAAGAUGUACAUGCCUUUGAUCGCCCAGGAGGCCGGUAUGGUCAACCUGAUUAAGCAGCCAGGAGCUACUCUCGAAGCUGGUGACAUUCUCGGUGUUCUAGCUUUGGAUGACCCGUCCAAGGUCAAGACUGCCCAGAACUUUACUGGCCAGCUGCCUGACCUGGGUGCCCCUCAAGUGCCUGGAGCCAAGCCACCGCAGCGAUUCGUCUACCUGUACUACAUCCUCGAGAAUAUCUUCCAGGGCUUCGACAACCAGGUCAUCAUGCAAAGCACGCUCAAGGAGCUUGUGGAGGUUCUCAGGGACCCCGAGCUGCCAUAUGGCGAGUGGAACGCCCAGGCUUCUGCUCUGCACGCCCGUAUGCCGCAGAAGCUUGAUGCUACCUUCUCCCAGAUCGUCGACAAGGCACACAGCCGAAACCUCGAGUUCCCCAGCAAGGCUCUCAACAAGGCUUUCCAGAAGUUUGUUGAGGAGAACGUCGCCAAGGGCGAUGUUGCGCUCCUCAAGACUGCGCUGCAGCCUCUUGCCGAUGUCAUCAACCGCUACUCGGAGGGCCUUAAGGCGCACGAGUACAGCGUCAUGAUCAAGCUGCUCGAGCUGUACUGGACCACCGAGUCGCUCUUCUCUUCGCGCACUUCGCGUGAUGAGGAAGUCAUUCUCAAGCUCCGUGACGAGAACCGUGACAACAUCACGAGCGUCGUGCAGACUGUCCUGUCCCACACCAGAGUUGGCGCUAAGAACAACCUUGUUAUCGCCAUCCUUGACCUUUACCGCCCUAACAAGCCCGGUGUCGGCAACAUUGCCAAGUACUUCAAGGACAUUCUGAAGAAGCUUACCGAGCUGGAGUCUAGGCAGACUGCCAAGGUCUCCCUCAAGGCUCGUGAGGUCCUGAUUCAGUGCGCCAUGCCCUCGCUUGAGGAGCGUACUGCACAGAUGGAGCACAUCCUGCGUUCUUCAGUCGUCGAGUCUCGCUACGGCGAGAGCGGAUGGGACCACCGUGAGCCCAACUUCGACGUCAUCAAGGAGGUUGUUGACUCGAGGUACACCGUCUUCGAUGUGUUGACCCAGUUCUUCGUCCACACCGACCCAUGGGUCUCUCUUGCUGCCCUCGAGGUAUACACCCGCCGCGCUUACCGUGCGUACCAGCUCCAGAACAUCAACUACCACAACGAGGGCGAGCAGCAGUGCUUCCUGUCCUGGGACUUUAUCCUCCGCAAAGUCGGUGAGGCCGAAUAUGGCCUGGCUGUUGAGCCUUCGGAGCCUGGCACCCCAAGCACCCCUGGAUUUGAACGUCCUCCUCGCAUCCAGUCUCUUAGCGACAUGACCGCAUGGCAAAACCGCUUCGAGGGCGAGCCCACCAGGAAGGGUGUUGUCGUGCCCGUCGACUUCAUUGACGAUGCUGAUGAGCUCAUCAGCAAGGCUUUGGACAUCUUCCCCAACGUUGGUGGCAAGGAGAAGAAGGGCGGUGCUAGGCUGAGGGAGGGCCUGACUAUGAAGCGCACCCCUACUACCGGUGUCAGCGAGCCCAAGCACAGUGACGAGCUCACUGGCGUGCUCAAUGUUGCUGUUCGCGACAUUGAGGGCUACGACGACAAGGAGAUUCUCGACCGCAUUCUGCCCAUUGUCGAAGACUUCAAGGGCGAGCUUCUGUCGCGCCGCAUUCGCCGCAUCUCGUUCAUCUGCGGUCACAAGGACGGAACCUACCCAGGCUACUACACUUUCCGUGGUCCCACCUACGAGGAAGAUGCCAGUAUCCGUCACGUCGAGCCUGCUCUUGCCUUCCAGCUUGAGCUCGGCAGACUGUCCAAGUUCCACAUCAAGCCUGUCUUCACUGAGAACCGCAAUGUCCACAUUUACGAGGCCAUUGGCAAGGGUGCUGAGAGUGACAAGCGCUACUUCUUGAGGGCCGUUGUUCGAUCAGGCCGUCUCCGGGAGGAGAUUCCUACCGCCGAGUACAUGAUCUCCGAGACGGACAGGUUGAUGACGGACAUUCUGGAUGCUCUGGAGAUUGUUGGCACUUCGCAGGCCGACAUGAACCACAUCUUCAUCAACUUCUCGCACGUCUUCCCUCUUAACCCCACCGAGAUCGAGGAGGCUAUUGGCGGCUUCUUGGAGCGCUUCGGUCGACGACUCUGGCGUCUCCGCGUCACUGGCGCUGAGAUUCGCAUCAACGUCACUGACCCACAGACGGGCAUUCCUUACCCGCUCCGUGUCAUCAUCACCAACACCUCUGGAUACGUCAUCCAGGUCGAGAUGUACGCUGAGCGCAAGUCUGAGAAGGCUGGCAAGUGGCUCUUCCACAGCAUUGGCGGAACCAACAAGAUUGGCGCGCUUCACCUGCAGCCAGUCUCUACUCCUUACCCCACCAAGGGUGCCCUUCAGCCCAAGAGGUACAAGGCCCACCUCAUGGGUACUCAGUACGUCUACGACUUCCCAGAGCUCUUCCGUCAAGCCACCGAGAACAGCUGGAUCGAGGCGAUCAAGAAGCACCCCCAUCUCCGCGACACACAACCGGCCAAGGGAGAAUGCCUCGAGUCCUACGAGCUGGUGCUUGAUGACACCGACAAUCUUGCUGAGGUCAACCGCGACCCCGGCCAGAACAACAUCGGUAUGGUCGGUUGGAUCGUGACUGCCAAGACACCUGAAUACCCCCGUGGCCGUCGCUUCAUCAUCAUUGCCAACGACAUCACCUUCAAGAUUGGUUCAUUCGGACCCGCGGAAGACAAAUUCUUCCACAAGUGCUCUGAGCUCGCUCGGUCGCUCGGCAUUCCCCGAGUCUACCUGUCUGCCAACUCUGGUGCUCGUAUUGGUCUUGCUGAGGAACUCAUUCCUCACUUCUCGGUCGCGUGGAAGGACGCCAACAAGCCCGAGGCCGGCUUCGAGUACCUCUACUUGACGCCCGAGAAGUACGAGCACUUUGUUGAUGGCAAGCGCAACGAUGUCAUCUGCGAGGAGAUUGAGGACAAUGGCGAAAAGCGCUUCAAGAUCACCACCAUCAUUGGUGCCGAGGACGGUCUCGGUGUUGAGUCUCUCCGUGGCUCUGGUCUUAUCGCUGGUGAGACUUCGCGGGCUUACGAGGACAUCUUCACCAUCACCUUGGUCACUUGCCGCUCAGUUGGUAUCGGUGCUUACCUCGUCCGCCUCGGUCAGCGUGCCAUCCAGAUCGAGGGUCAGCCAAUUAUCCUCACUGGUGCUCAGGCCAUCAACAAGCUGCUUGGUCGUGAGGUUUACACCUCUAACCUCCAGCUUGGUGGUACCCAGAUCAUGUACCGCAAUGGUGUGUCGCACGCAACUGCCGAUGACGACUUCGAGGGUGUCUCCAAGAUUGUCAAGUGGCUGUCUUACGUGCCUGACAAGAAGGGCAACCCUGUGCCCAUCUCUCCUUCGGCCGACAGCUGGGACCGCGACAUCACCUACUACCCUCCUGGCAAGUCUGCUUACGACGUCAGGCACCUCAUUGCUGGAAAGGAGGACGAGGAUGGCUUCCAAUCUGGUCUUUUCGAUCGCGGCUCGUUCGAGGAGACUCUUGGUGGCUGGGCUAAGACUGUUGUUGUCGGCCGUGCUCGCCUUGGUGGCAUCCCUAUCGGUGUCAUUGCUGUCGAGACCCGCUCGGUCGAGAACGUCACGCCUGCUGACCCCGCCAACCCAGACUCUAUUGAGCAAGUCACGUCCGAGGCUGGCGGUGUCUGGUACCCCAACUCUGCGUUCAAGACUGCUCAGGCUAUCAAGGACUUCAACAACGGUGAGGAAUUGCCGUUGAUGAUCCUUGCCAACUGGCGUGGUUUCUCUGGUGGUCAGCGCGACAUGUACAACGAAGUCCUCAAGUACGGUUCGUACAUUGUCGAUGGUUUAGUCAAGUACCAGCAGCCUGUCUUUGUGUACAUUCCUCCUUUCGGCGAGCUGCGUGGUGGAUCAUGGGUCGUUGUCGAUCCCACCAUCAACCCCCAGUUCAUGGAAAUGUAUGCCGACGAAGACUCUCGCGGUGGUGUUCUCGAGCCCGAGGGUAUUGUCGGUAUCAAGUACCGCAAGGAGCGUCAACUCGACACCAUGGCCCGCAACGACCCCAUCUACGGUGCUCUCAAGCGCAAGUUGAACGACAAGGACACACCCGAGUCUGAGCUCCAGGAGAUCAAGACCCAGAUGACUCAGCGUGAGAAGCUGCUCCUGCCCAUCUACGGCCAGAUUGCUAUCCAGUUUGCCGAUCUCCACGACCGUGCUGGCCGUAUGCAAGCCAAGGGCGUCAUCCGCAAGGGACUCCGCUGGCAAAACGCCCGCCGCUUCUUCUACUGGCGUCUUCGCCGCCGUCUCAACGAGGAGUACAUGAUCAAGAAGUUCGCCGCCGCUGCCUCGCCAUCACUCGAGAACCCCAUGGCCGACGCAGCCACCCGUGCUCGUGGCUUCGAGAUGUUGAAGCACCUGUCCAACAUCUCCAACUGGGAGCAAGAUGACCAGAGCGCGGCGACAUGGUACGAGGAGAACAGGCCACUCGUCAACGAGAAGAUUGAGCAACUCAAGAGUGACGGCAUUGCGACGGAGAUUGCACAGCUCAUGAGUAAGGACCGCGAAGGUGGCUUGAAGGGUGUGAUGAGCUUGCUCAGCACGCUGCCUACAAGCGAGAAGGAAGAGGUGCUCAAGAUGUUGAGCAAGGCGUAAUCCAACGUCUUAUGCAUUUACGCUUUUCAUUCGUUCAUGGCAUGGCGUGGCAUGAGAUGGUAUGUAUACUUUUUUUUCGGUAUGGGGUGGAAACUAUUGGGAGGAUGACCGUGUGUAACUUUAGCGUAUACCGCGCAAGAUUUUUUUUGUAAUUUUCUCUUCUCACUAUCAACCAGUGAGUAGAGGAACAAAGCGAGUAAGUAGAAAGCUCUUUUUUUUUAUAAAAAAAUCACAUGGAUAGGGAGAAAAAAGCUGUGUUGGGAGGCACAUGCUCUUUUUCCUGGUCCUGUGCAGUUCAAC